AUGGCGGCGGUGGCGUACACCCUCACCUUCCUAAGCGAGAAGCCAGAGGGGGAGAGCCGAAUAGACAAGGCCUUCCAAAUAUUCUGGGAGCGACUGGAAGCUCUACUGUCCCCAGGGAUGGGGCCCAACGCCCGAAAGCACACUCAAUUAAGCAAAACCACAAGGAGGAAGGCACAGUCACCCCAGGCACCGAGUCGCCCAGCGGGACAGAGGCUGCGAGAAACUAACAGACAAAAAGUAACCGGAGACCCAAAAGGCGACAAAAAAAGCAAGGCGGCAACCUUCGGGAGACGGCAAGUAAAGAUGCAGAAGCACUCUGGUCGGUCACUCCACGUACCUGAUGGUGGUGUUCCGACACUGAGAGGAACGCACAGAAGAAACACACGCACCGCACCAGACCCGACAGGCAGUAAACAAGGCAGCGCGACCUUACCCGUUACAGUCCACGCUGCACCUCGAGUAGCUGAGAGACUGCACUCAUUGUGGGUCACAACUGGAAUGGAUCCCAGACAAGGGGGCAUCUUUGUACAGCCCUACCACAGCUUUCCGACCUUGGGCAUAGGCUGA